CGCCGUGAGCUCAUGUCCGUUGGAACUCUCACCCGCAAACCAACAUUCCUCGCGUGCAGUGAAAUUUUAUAAAGUAUAUACAUUUCGACAUAAAAUCAAAUGGGCUUGGAAAGUGAAACAUAAAACUUCUUUGUGGUGAUACGCAGUGUUUUGUAUGAGAUAUAUUAUUUAUUCGACUCGGUAAAGUUGUGAAGUUUACAUUCUUGUCGAGUUUCGCACACAGUUCGGUGGAGGACCGUGGAAGCGUGACAGUUUGCUGGUGUGUUGUGCGUGAUCAUCGACGAGGGAGAGUUUGUCGGUGCGGUAGUCGGCGGCCGUCGUACCCCCGGCCCCGACAUGGAGAGCUACUUCGACAUCUCCAACGACCUGAAGGAUGUCUGGGACGCGGACAUCGACCCGGAGAUGCAAGAUGUGUUGGACGAGGACUCAGACAUGAGCGACUGGCUGGUGGAGCGCGAGGCGAAGUCGGGCGUGGUGCUGCACGACCGGCUGAUGACAGAUGCGCUAGGCGCCGUGCCUAUCAAGACAGAGCACUCCUACAGUCUGCACUCCGACGGAGAAUCCGCCCCGCCUUCGCCACACCACACUAAAGUCGAUGACAUGGAAGACGAGUGCUACCCCGCAAUCCCGGCCAGUGCGUGGCGCAGUCGGCGGCGCUCCAGUUCUCCGCUGGUGAAGGCUGAACCCAAGUCGGAGCCAGAAUCGCCCGCCUCCUCCUGCCCGCCAUCGCCCUCGCCAACACCCACGCCGACUUCUGCGUCUCUCACACAUCUCGACUAUGUCAUUGACCACACGACGGGCACCAUCCACAUGCCGCAGGCGGUGCUGCAGCAGGUUGGUGCGGCGGGAGUGCCGCAGCUACUGUUGAGCGCCGCGCCGCGCAUCGCCGGCUCACUCUCCGCCAACAAGCUCUCCAUCAAGGUCACAUCCAGCUCCGGCACUUCAGGUUUUAAUCUGCCACCGACGCCGCCAUCGUCGCUUUCGUCGUCGGACAGCGAGGGCGCACUGUCGCCGGCGCAUGAGCCCGCACCACCAGCGCCCGCAGCGCCCGCGCGCCGCGCUCAUCUCUACGUCUCCCAACAUUCACAGCACUCGCGGCAGCCCAUCAACACGCCGCUCAUCAGCUCACAGCCGAAAGGGUCAACAGGAACCUUAGUGCUGACAGAAGAAGAAAAGCGCACACUGCUGGCGGAGGGCUACCCGGUGCCCACGCGCCUACCCCUGACCAAGGCCGAGGAGAAGUCUCUCAAGAAGAUCAGGAGGAAAAUCAAAAACAAGAUAUCUGCACAAGAAAGUAGACGCAAGAAGAAAGAAUACAUGGACCAGCUGGAGAGGAAGGUCGAAAUACUAGUGUCGGAGAACUCGGAUUACAGAAAGAGGGUGGAGACGUUAGAGCAGAAGAACGCGAGUCUCCUGAGCCAGUUGGCGGCGCUGCAGGCGCUGGUGACGCGCACCGCCAGGAAGUGACGUCACUGCGCGCAGCACUAGCGCCACCGGCCGGGGACUUAGCGGGCAAACCUGACACUAAACAACAUUAGACAAAAUAUUUUUACACGUAUUUGUCUUGUAGUGUUACGAUUUCAUCAGAUCGCAAGCUCGGAUGUGCGACAUGCGGAUGCGAUCAUUUGUUUUUUUUUUUUAAUUAGAAAUGUGUCCAUAUUUUAUUUAUAUUUUAACUGUUAUAACUGAUUCUAUAGAGUCUAUUUUAUUGCAUUCUGUUAAAUUAGUUACGAUUAUAUAUUUUACCUUCUUUAUUAUGUUUGUGGCUGCACGUCCACUAAUGCCUUUGCCUCAAUUGUCUUUAGUACAAAUGAUACAUUUAUUUGACGUCAGUCAGCUUGCGGUCUGAUAAAAAUUUCUAUAUAAAAUUGUGCGAAUCAAAUCACUUAACAUUCCCACAUUUCCAAUAAAUAUAUAGUAUAAAAUAUAAACAACGACACUGUCCGUAUAUCGGAGUGUAUAUUUUAAUGUAUAUUUUGGAUGUAAUUUACAAUUAUACGAAGUAACGUAAUUAAUAUUCAAAGGGAAGGAACGUACGAAUGGUUGCUCACUCGUUAAGUAGGUACUCCGUGUUUAAGGGUUUCCAAACUGUGAAGUGCCACCCUUAGGUUACGUCCACGAGGGCGCCCGCGCGGGUUUGA